AUGGUCAAACACAAGCACACAAUUGAGGAGCUCCUCAAUGACACCUGCGGCACCUGUCAGAAGGGAUUCAAGACGACGCAGGGGCUUGGAGCACACCAGACCAUGAGCAAAAAGUGCUCAUGGACAGUCCGAACAUUGAGUCGACCAGACAACAAAGACUGGCCUCAGCAGGAUCCACAUGAAGAAGAUGCAGAUGCAAACCACAACGUAGGAGAGGACAAUGAAUUAGACUCACUCUUCGACUUUAUUGAUUUCUGUGUGCCGUCGAAGCACCCAAUUGAUCCAGGAGGGCAAGGAAACGAUGGUGGAAGUGGAAGUGGAAGUGGAGACAGAGACAGUGGCAAUGCCGGGCCCUCAACGACAUCAAUUCCGAACUCGAGACGUACAGCGCUCUCACUAGACGACAAUGAUGAUGAGCAAGUGGUGGACGAAGAUGAAGAGGCAGGUGUGAUCACUGACGUUGAUUCGCACAUGCAUAAUAAAUGGCUAGAGGGCAGGGAGGAGGCACCAUCAGCAGAAGAAGAGGGCGCAGAGGACCAAUCAAAGAAUGCAUGGGAGCCGUUUGAGUCAGAGAUGGACUGGCAGUUUGCCUCAUGGGCAAUCCAAGAAGGACUCACCUUGGGGUCCAUCGACAAGGCAUUAGAAAUUCCCGGGGUGAGUGAUUGCUCAUAUUAUACGCUAGAGCAGUAG